CUAACAGCACCACACCGGCGCAGCUCAGGCUCGGGCCACAAUUUUGAGGAAAUGUAGUAGCGAUUUGGUUCAUAUCCCACUUUCCUCGAAGUUGCAUCUUAUUGUAGUGAUCUCAAGAGACGUCUGCUACUGCUAGUUCCAAAGUCAACUGCAUUGACCCUCGAUACUCAGAGAUUUAGAACUGUACCUAAAACCACAGAGAAUGAAGUGUCCAGUGAGUGCGAUCGCGAUUUUGUUCAUUUGCGCCUGGAUUCUUCUGCAGACGGCAGCCUCAGAAGCCACAUACCAGCCAGAAUGCGACACGUUAGAUGAGGCUGUGCAGCAGAUCAACCAAGCCCAGUCGCAGCUGGGGGAUCUCCAAGGUAGAAUCAACUGUACCCGAAGUGCGGACUGUGACGGUUUCACUUGCUUCCUCUUGUUGCAGGGUCAGAGAAAUGAGCUGAGGGUCAAGCUGCACCCUUGCGAUGAUCCGCCCCAGAUGUUCCUUCUGGUUCAGGACCCGGACACCAACUUGCCCUACAUCCAGGAAACCGUCACCCACGGGGAUACCUACACCAUCCCAGGAUUACAGUACGACCAGGCGUUCAUUGACCUAAAUGUAGGCAUCCAGGUGCAGUUUGAGAAGGUCUCAGAAGGCUUCCAAAUUGGGCUGAAGCUUGUGCUCCUGGCCAAUGGGUUCCCUUUAUUUGAGAUUCCCAUUUUAUCUCCGACACUCAUCAGAACACCGCCUUGCUCCACCCAAGCCCCAGGCCAACAAAGCUUGCAGUGCCGACGGAUGCAAGAACUUGUCAUUGGACUGAACCCACCUCACGAUUUUCAGUGCGUGAAGGAUGAUGACUGCAAGGGUUUCAGAUGCACUGGAGCAAUCGGCAUCGGUCCUGUCUCUUUUGAAAUCACAGCAGUAUCAGUGCUAGACAGCUGCACUGAACCCAUUUCAUACACCAUUACCAUUCAAAGAAAUGGCCGGGAUAUCUGGUCCCAUCCAUUCGUCCGUUCGGAGACCGUCCCUGUUGAAGGGGACGGCAUUACUCUGCCUGAGGGAGUCCAAGCCAAUAUUACCGUCAUAAUGGAUCCCUUCACAGAGGACAUCGAUUACUUCCUAACCACGAUCCAACUGACAGUUCACAUUCCAGGACUUCCACAGCCAGUGGUGGACACGUUCCUGAACGAAUCUCGUGUUCCUAUACCACCGUGUGAUCACCCGAUGACUCGUGGACCAACUCUCACACCCCCUGCCUCCCUGACCCCAUUGCCAGGAGUGAGUGACGAGUGCACAACCUUUAGGGACAUAGCCGAUGACAUCGACAACAAUGAAGUCUUCCACGGCCGCAUGAAUUGCAAGGCCAACCACAAUCCGUGUGACGGUUUUUCGUGCAACCUUACUUCUAGCGGUGUUCGGUAUUUAUUCAAGACGAAAAUGUUCCACUGUGAGUCUCCAGUUCGCCUCUUGCUCACCAUCGACAGUGAGACAUCCAAAAAUUACCAUGUGGCAAGAAACAUAACGUGCAACGCAGUUGUUCCCAUCGAGGAACUCCUCUCUGGUGGAGAGAUCAAGUUUCUAGUUAUGCGACGGAGCAACCGUUCUGUUGAGCUGGCCCUAACUCUGAAGGGAUACACACCCGAAGGAACCGUCGCCAUCCCCCUGGUGCAAGAUCGCAUCGUACCCGUCAAACCUUGCACAUUGGCAGUUCCAUUUCCAGACAACCCUAAUGAAGUCUGCAAAGCUGCCUCACCAGGUCCCCCCAACAAUAACCCUGUCAAGCCCCCAAAAGGUGGAGGUGGCGAACCUGGCAAGUCGACCCAGCCCAACUCACAGGCCGCAACUAUUGGUGCAGUUGUGGGUGUGGUCGCCGUCGUCAUGGUAGCGGCAGCCGUCGUGGCACUGGUGUGGUACCGUCGGCGAUCUCACAGGCACAACGAUCAUAUCCACCUGGUGGAGAGCUCGGAUGCGGAUAUGUAGUACCCCGUCUCCCCACAUAUUGGUAAGUUGACAUAAGUAACAGCGUGUCUGUGCCUUUUCUGUGGCAAUGUAACUAAAAACAAAAAUUAACCAUGUCUUACAGCACUUUUGUAAGUAAAGUCUAAGUGAAAUGCUCGCUUGAAUUUCUUUGUGCAACCCAGUGAAUUGCCAUGUGCAGUAAAUGGCAGGUUUGUUAAAAUGUUAACUGGCCGUAAACUUCAAAAUGUGGAAAAAAGUGAAUAAUCUUGUUUGUGUUUGACACAUUCCAAGCUUUUCAGUAUUUGCUAUAUAAUCCUGUCAGAUGUUACAGCAAAAGUAGAUUGACCCCACGAUUGGCAGAGUUAAUAAUAGGCUCUUUCAACUGUUCAAAUUGGUAGAUGUGGGUUUGACAUCUGCAUAACCUCAUUUCCAUUUCCUUGAGAUUGGAGCAAACAUUUAGAAAUAAAACAUUUCAUAGA